CCACGGAAGCCAACAAACCUUCAAGUCACAAGUGUUCACAACCUCACCAUCACACUGACAUGGACAAAACCUGCGCUGACCAAAGUGGACACACCAGUCAGCACCAGUCUCCUUUACAAGGUGACCUACACGGUCAUCGGAAGUGGUAAUCCACAAAUGGCCCAGACCGUGAAAACAGAGAGUGCUAAACUAAACUUGCAGGUUGAUAAAACCUACAAUAUUCACGUUAAAGCAAUUCGCAGCGAUAAUCAUUUAGUACAAAGUGAUUGGUCGGACACCUUAAGAGUUGAUUCUAAGAAUUUGGGUGAGUUUUCAUAG